AUGUUUCGACGGUUCUUCAGUGUAUCUUCUGUCAGUUUGACGAAGCGUCCUACAGAAUGGUCACUACCAAAUUUGGACAAAUUACCGGGAGGAUUCAGAGGAAAAGUGUAUAAUAAAAAAGAUUGGACAAAGUACCUUGAGAAAAAUACAGAUAUCAUAGAAAAGGAAGAGCAAAGCAAACCGCAUCAGUAUAUCACAGCCCCACCAAAGAACUGGAGGAAGAUGAAAGAUCUCCCGGAAUAUAUGAGAAACAAAUAUGCAUUAAAAGAGAAAGCAAUGAGUAUAGAUCUAAGCAAGAUCAAAAGGCUCAGUCGAUCAGCUAUGGAUGGAAUAAGGACUCUUCAUAAUAAGUACCCGCAAGAGCUCAAUACGGAAAAACUAUCACAGUUUUUCAAGAUCUCACCUGUGACUAUAUCAAAGAUAUUGAAGUCUAAAUGGAAGCCAUCAGAAAAAGAGCUGGAGAAAAAGAAGGCCAAGUGGGAGGAGAGAGGUCAGAUGCUCGUAGAACGGCGAAUCAUAGACCAAAAGAUGCAAGACUUCUUUGAGACCAAGGAGUCUGAACUAAAAAUGGAGAUUCCAUACUUUGUUAAGCAAGAAGUGUCUGACUAUAUACGUUUGCAUGGGCUUGAAGAGUUGGAAGAAACGUUUGAAAAGUUGAACGAGGCCAGAGUUCAAAAGCAGAAUUUGAAGGAGGGUGAUGAGUGA